AUGGCCAGCACGUCCAUUCACGAUAUCCAACCAACUCCGAAGGGCAAGCGAGGCUUAACAUUCUGGCUGGUGUUCGCCUCCAACCUCCUGGUGGAGAUGCUGUCUGCGCUAGACCUGACGGCUGUCUCCACCGCCCUACCAACGAUCGUGCAACGUUUGAACGGAAACGACUUCAUCUGGGCCGGUGGUGCAUAUACGAUCGCCUCAACCGCCGUGCUGCCUCUCGUCGGCGGCCUAGUAUCUGGUUUCGGGCGCAAAUAUGUCCUCAUUGUCUUCGUCACCUUCUUCGCAGUCGGCUCCGUGAUCUGCGGAGCUGCUCAGAAUAUGACCAUGCUCAUCGCUGGUCGAGCGAUCCAAGGUAUCGGCAGCGGCGGGAGCUUGUCCGUCACCGAGAUCAUCUUCGCCGAUAUGGUACCGCUCCCCGAACGAGGCAAGUUCCAGGGUAUCGCCGCCGCGGUUUGGGCACUGGCAUGCGCCAUCGGACCGCCCAUCGGAGGCGCUCUCGCAGGUUCCGGCGCAUGGCGCUGGCUCUUCUACAUGAACAUCCCGCUGUGCGCGCUCGCGACCGCUGCGAUCCUCUUCUGCCUCCCGAACAUCGUUCCGAAGGGGAGUGCGAUGAAGAAGAUCGCAGAGAUGGACUGGAUCGGAAACGCCGUCAUCGUCACGAGCACGAUUCUGGUGUUCCUUGGACUGACCUGGGGCGGCCUCCGUUUCCCGUGGAUCUCGCCCGAAGUGCUCAUCACGCUCAUCCUGGGUGUGAUCGGCAUCACUGUGUUCUUCGUCAUCGAGAAGCUUUGGCUGCACGGCCAAACUGUUCCUGAAUUCUUCUUCACGAACCGGACAACUCUCAGCGGAUAUCUUGGAACGUUCUUCCACGGCGUCGUCUCUCUGACUGCUGUUUACUAUCUACCUAUUUAUCUGCAAGCCUCGAAAGAAGCGAGCGCGCUCAAGUCCGGCAUCGAAAUGUUCGGUCUCUCCUUCACGAUCCCGAUCUUUGCCAUCGUCGCCGGUGUCAGCGUCGAGAUCAUCCACAUCUAUCGCCCGCAGAACUACGUCGGGUGGCUGUUCAGCAUCGUCGGUUUCGUCCUGCUGUCGCUUUUGAACGAGAAGAGCAGCGCGGCGACGUACAUCGGCUUCCAGAUCCCCCUCGGCGUUGGCCUCGGCAUACUGUGGAUCAGCACGCAGUUCCCCAUCCUCGCACCGCUCCCGGUCUCGAACAGCGCAUACGCCCUCGCGUUCUUCGUUUUCGUCCGCAACUUCGCGCAGAGUUGGGGCAUCGUUGUCGGCGGCGCGAUCUUGCAGAACGUGCUGACGGAGAAGCUGCCGAAGUCGCUCACAGAUACACUCCCGAAGGACCAGGAGUACGCGUACCAGCUCAUCCCGACGAUCCCGGGCAUGCUCGAACCGCAGAAGAGCGAGGUGCGCGCGGCGUUCGCGGACGGCACGAAGCUCAUCUGGCAGGUCAUGAUCGGGCUGUCCGUCGCGGGGCUGCUGACGUGCCUGCUUAUGCGCGAAGAGGAGAUGAAGACGGAGAUGGACGAGACAUGGGCCGUCGUCGACAAGGCGAAGAAGGUUAGCGACGACGACGAGGAGCACGCGUGA